AGAUGUCAGCUGCUAGGACACUGUCAUUACAUCACUCAGGAAGUCUCCUAAGAAGCAAAUCAGAAGGGAUUUUAAUUGAUAUGAAUGAUGACAGAAUACUGGAUAAUUUCAAUGACCCUUGUAGUUCUCCUCAGAUGACAACCAAACCUGAGUGGCCAGUGGUGGAGCCUGAGGUCCAGAAGACACAUAACACAAAUCCAUUCUGGAGCAGGUUGUGUGGCUCAAAUCCAUUUCUAGAUGACAUUGUGAACACUGAGAAAGACGGAUCAAAGGCUGAUGCAUCUAUACUGAAUGCCAAUACACUGGCUGCAUUUGCUGAUAAUGCAGACUCCAUUAGCACUUCCUCCGAUGAAGCUACUUUUACCCGUCAUUUGAAUUCCAACAAAAAAAGCACAAAGAGAUCCGAGUUGUGCAAAAGUGCCUCAGAUAUUCUCGAUGUUAAAGAAGGGAAGACUCAGAGGGAAAACUUCCUGAGCUCUUCAAGUGAUUUAUUAAGUCCAGAUUUUGAAUGGCUUAAGAAUGACAGGGAAGCCUAUAAGUUGGCUUGGCUGAGUCACAGACAACUAACAAGGUCAUGUUUAGAUCUAGGGCACACAAGUCCAGGGUGGGCUCAAACUCAAGCCACAGAGACUCAGAUCAUCUGCAAGAUUGGCCACAGGGGAGGCUCUGUACAGUUGCCUUACUCGAACAUUAGUGCUCAUAUCCCUGAAGGCCAUGUGUCCCCUGAGGAAGUCCAAGAAAUUGGAUUAAAAGCAAUCCUAGAUACACCAAGUGGACUCUGCAAUGACCACUUAACAACCCUUGGUCCUCUUCUAGAAGUGACUUUUAGCAACCUCAAUGUGAAGGAAUGCAUUUUUCUGGAGAUGAAAGUUGCUGGGGAGAUAAAGAGUGACCCACUAAGUCAAGUUAUGACCAAGCUGGUAUGCCUAGUCUCACAAAAAAGGGAAGGACCUUUUGAAAAAUUAAAGCACUGUUACACAUAUAACAAUACCAUGCAGGUCAAGCUUGAGGACUUGAAGCCACAUUUAUAUGUCAUUGCUGCUGCACAGGCCACAGUUCUCCAGCCACCUGUUACAUCCGUUUGGGACUACAUGGACAGACAUCUCACUGUUGGGAUUUAUGGACCAAGACAUAUCCAUCCAUCUUUCAAAGCAUUCUGUGUAAUUUUUUGCCACAGUGAAAUUCCUCCGAAACUUCUGUUUUCAAACAUCAAGAAGGGUGAUAAAAACCUACCACCACUUGUGCUUCAGCUUUGGGGAAAGCAGCAUUUCAGUCUGAAUGGACUUAAAGAUCUGAAUGUUGCAACAGCACCGAUGGAUUCAAAGUUUGAGAUAAAAACUACAGAUCAGAUUCAAGAGGUGAAGAAAGAACAACUUAAGAUGUGCCAAGUCGUUCGGCUUCCAUUGUCUUUAUCCAAGACAAGUACUGGGGAGGUUAGUAACUUUAACCUAGUAGCUUACAUAAAGGACUCAACAGGCUCUCUUUUAACAAGUUUUCAGGUAAAGUCUCCAAGUUCUAUCCCCCAGAGGUCAGAAAAGCUUAUGCAAAAACAGCUCAAGACCAGCAAGGAGAAACUAGGAACUGAAUCUUUUCCUGAAGAAAUCACAGCACAGAUUCCAAGGUUCCAGGAUAAGCCAAUAAACAUAAAAUGGUAUGGAGUAACACUGAAAUCUGUUUACCGCCAACCAAGGGUGGAAUAUUUGUUGGAGUACUUCAAGGGUGAUACCUUGGCCCUCCUGUCCAGACACACUGUCAAGUCAGUGGGUCAGUCUAAAGUAAAGGAGUGGUACAUUGGGUACCUUAGAGGGCGUGUUGGCCUGGUACACUGCAAGAACAUCAAACUCAUAACCAAAGAUCAAGUCAUUGACUUCAGCGAUGUGGCAAUCACUACUAAGGUGCUUCUUGACAAUAUUAGUCUUCCAUUCAGGAAGUUAACAUACAUGUACUCAACCAUUGAGACCUUGGUUACUGAAGCUAUAUCCAAUUGGAAGACAUUUGCUGAGGCUCUGGGGUUCUCUAAUCUGUCGCUGGAUAAGAUGACUUGGAGGCAAGCUGAGUCCGAGUCUGAAAAGGUGGCUUACAUACUUGAAAAACUUAAGGAAGAUUGUCACACAGAGAAGAACAAGAAGAAGUUUCAGCAUGAGCUCAUUGUUGGACUCUUAAAGAUGAACUCUCAGGAUCUGGUAGCUCGUUUGACUCAGAGCACAGUGAUUCUGUCAACUGCAGUGGAGCUGGGUGGUCGAUGGAGGGAACUUGCCGAGCGGCUCGGAAAACUAUCCAGUGGUCAGAUUGCCAGCUAUGAGGCUCCACACCGAGGGAGAGGAGGAGAAGUAAGCACCCAGUCCAUGUGGAAACCAGCUUACGAUUUCCUGUACACGUGGAGCAAGGGUUACGGAAGCAACUACAAGGACCUCAUCCAGGAUCUGCACCUAGCCCUGGACAAGAUGAAGGUUCCUGUCAGCAGACAGUGGAGGGAGAUCACAGGUGUACUCGUUACAGUGAACUGUAUGGAGAUUCUCAGUAUUGUUGCCUUCUCGAAUACAUAAUACCCUGAUAAACAUCCAAACCUGUAGAGAGCCUGAAUACCUACCUGGGUGUCAAGCUAAUAAUGCAAGAGUGGUUACAUAUUGAAGUACCUGCAUUUAGAAAACAAUGGAGUCAUUGUUACUUUUGAAUUACUGUAAAAGCUACUUUUAACCCUUCAUUGUUUAGUGAAUCAAGUCAAUAUUAAAUUUUCUACAUGCUCAUCGCAGCCUAUAGCCAGCUUGAAAAUCUAUGCAUUUGGAAAGUAUAGACUUCUAAAACAAAAGAACUUGUAACCUUUCAGGAAAAGCCUAGGUGAUUCCACUAUCAUUUUCUACAGGUAUAUAAUGGUUAGUCAAGUUGCAUUCCAUAAAGUUCACCGAUGGAAUGUAAGUGUGGAGAAAAGUUGUGAAACAGGGUGGAACCAAAAGUAAACAUGGCAGGCUACAAGAAAGGAAAAAUCCAUACAUCAUAUCCUGCCUUUGGGUUUAAUAAUUAAUGAAACUUUCAGCCUACAUUACAUUUGAUUUACUGGUACAGUAAGUACAACAACUCUAGUAAAAGUAACUACUUCAUUUG